CCCGACUGGAUCCCAUGUGGAAUGGUGUAAACAGCUGAUAGCUGCAACCAUUUCUAGUCAGAUUUCAGGGUCUGUCCCAUCAGAAGGUGUGUCCAGAGACUACAGGGUGUACAGGAGGCCUGUUAUACGGGAGAUUCAGGAUGGACACAAUGGCUAUCAUUCUGAAGCAGAACCUGAUCAGGCACUGCGGGAUGGAAACAAACUAGCACAGAUGGAAGAGGCUCCACUUUUUCCUGGAGAAUCAAUCAAAGUUAUUGCUAAAGAUGUUAUGUAUAUCUGUCCAUUUAUGGGAGCAGUCAGUGGUACACUAACAGUGACGGACUUCAGAAUGUAUAUCAAAAGUGUUGAAAGGGAUCCACCUUUUGUUGUUGAUGUUCCCCUUGGAGUCAUAAGUAGAGUUGAAAAAAUUGGAGUACAGAGCCAUGGAGACAACUCAUGUGGUAUAGAAAUAGUUUGCAAGGAUAUGAGAAAUUUGCGGCUGGCCUAUAAACAGGAAGAGCAGAACAGAUUGGAGAUUUUUGAAAACCUUGUAACACGUGCAUUUCCUGUUUCUAAUGGGCUGCCUCUUUUUGCAUUCAGCUAUAAAGAAAAGUUUGCUGUUAAUGGCUGGAAAGUGUAUGAUCCAAUGGCAGAAUAUAAGAGGCAGGGCUUGCCCAAUGAGAGUUGGAAAAUAUCCAAAAUUAACAGCACCUAUGAGCUUUGUGAUACAUAUCCUGCUAUUCUUGUUGUGCCAACCAGCGUAAAGGAUGAUGACCUCUCAAAAGUGGCAGCAUUUAGAGCAAAAGGCAGAGUUCCAGUGUUAUCCUGGAUUCACCCUGAGAGCCAAGCAACAAUAACACGAUGCAGUCAGCCAUCAGUAGGCCCAAAUGAUAAGCGUUGCAAAGAAGAUGAAAAAUAUUUGCAGACAAUAAUGGAUGCCAAUGCUCAGUCACAUAAACUUAUCAUCUUUGAUGCCAGACAGAAUAGUGUUGCAGAUACAAACAAGGCAAAAGGUGGAGGAUAUGAAAGUGAAAGUGCCUACCCAAAUGCAGAGCUGGUCUUUCUGGAAAUUCAUAAUAUACAUGUAAUGAGAGAAUCCCUGCGUAAACUUAAAGAAAUAGUUUAUCCUACUAUUGAUGAGGCUCGGUGGUUAUCAAAUGUGGACUCCACGCAUUGGCUGGAAUAUAUAAGGAUGCUUCUUGCUGGAGCAGUAAGAAUUGCGGAUAGAAUUGAAUCUGGUAAAACAUCUGUAGUGGUACAUUGCAGUGAUGGCUGGGAUCGAACUGCACAGCUUACUGCGCUAGCUAUGCUUAUGCUGGACAGCUAUUACAGAACUAUCAAGGGGUUUGAAGUUCUUAUAGAGAAAGAAUGGAUAAGUUUUGGACACCGAUUCGCAAUGCGAGUAGGACAUGGAGAUGAUGAUCAUGCUGAUGCAGACAGAUCUCCCAUUUUCCUUCAGUUCAUCGACUGUGUUUGGCAAAUGACAAAGCAGUUUCCUGCAGCCUUUGAAUUCAACGAGUUAUUUUUGAUAACCAUUCUGGACCACCUUUACAGUUGUCUCUUUGGGACUUUCUUAUGCAACUGUGAAAAAGAGAGAUUAAAAGAGGAGGUAAGCACAAAGACUAUAUCGCUGUGGUCCUAUAUAAACAGCCAGUUAGAUGAGUUCACAAAUCCUUUCUACGUAAACUAUGAAAACCACGUCCUGUAUCCUGUUGCCAGUCUGAACCAUUUGGAACUAUGGGUGAACUACUAUGUCAGAUGGAACCCAAGGAUGCGGCCUCAGGUUCCAAUCCAUCAAAAUCUUAAAGAGCUCCUUGCCAUCCGGACAGAGCUUCAGAAGAAGGUUGAAGAUUUGCAGCGGGAAGCUGCUACACGAUCCAUUUCUUCCUCCUCUGAUAGAGGUUCAUCUCCUUCCCAUUCAGCCACGCCGGUGCACACCUCUGUGUGAUGUGCAACAAAAGCCAUGUGAAAAAAUGUGUGUCAGGUAAUACAGAGAGGAGGGUGAAAUGCUUUUCCCAUCACAAAAGGAUUGUGAGUGACUUGUGAUUGCUGUGAUCUACAUGCCUUACUCUGUGUCUGAUAUUAUCAUGAUGAGGCCAAAUGAGCUUCAAUAGACGUGAUAUAUUUUCUUGUUGGCAGUUGCCACGUGUUUUGACAUCUCUAGCUAAAUCACCAAUUGUGAAAUUAAACUUUGUUUUGAGCAACUAACAAUUUAACCAUCCUAAAAAGGAAUCCAUCUGCCAAGCAGACAGAAAAAUGCCUCUCACACUGCCUAGGGUACCAUGCCUGGUUGAGAGACUCAGAUGAAAUGCCACAUGAUGCUUACACAGAACGCAGAAUGUUUUUCUGAAUGGGAGCUCCUUAUUUCAUUCAGUAAUAUAUAUAUAUUUUUUCUUUUUUUUUUUUUGGCUAGAGCAAUUUAUUUUUUUUAGGUAAUUAAUGCACUUGGAAAUUGAUUUUAAAAUAAAUGUUUUCCAGUGUAGUCGGUUUUACAUUUUGACUAAAUAUGCCAUUAAAAGUGGAUGAAGUUAAGCUGGAUUUAUCAAGUACACCACACUGACUUCUAUGAUGUAAUAUAUUUGGUAAAGCACGUAUUUUAGGUUUUUUAAUGCCUUUUGUACAAGUUGAAAUAAAGUCUUUUGAUUGUUUAGCUUAUUGUUGAGUUUCAGCCUCCUGAGCGAGGGUAAACUUACUCAUGUCAAGGUCUUGUACAAAGUAAAAAUGUUUGUUUUCUAGCAAAUGGUAAUACUUGGGGUUGGAAUGACACCCAGCUGUGUAAAUUGUAUAGUCUGUAUAGCUCCACAUUUUGUUAAGCGUGUUUUGUUUUAAAGUGUACACACAAAAUGCAAAGCUGUGUCCAUUUAUACACGUGUGUAUGUGAUGUUAAACAUAUGCAUACUUCCGUGGUUUUAAGCUGUAAGUUCAGAAAAUGGAUCCUGCCUGUCCUAACUCUUUUGAAGACCUUAACUUGUAAUGACUUUGACAAAGUUUUUAAAUAAUAUGAUCUCAAUUGGUUUUCUUGAAAUAAAGCCUCUUGGCUUUUUGUUUUUUUAAA